UAUAUAAAAAUAUUUUUCAAUUGAAUCACCAUUGUUGAAUUUCUUUUGCUUUUUGCCACCCACAAAAUAUAUAAAAUUAUUUUUCAAUUGAACCACCAUUGUUGAAUUUCUUUUGCUUUUUGCCCACACAAACGAAAGCGAAGAAGGAAAGUGACUGAUAAGCUGAAAGGCAGCCCCAAGCAUCAAACGCCACCGAAUCCUCUUUCUCCAUCUAAUCUGAGAAUAUUAUCCUUUGUCGGCGGCUGUUCUUUACCUCCGGCGGUCUCUUGCUCUCAGCCCCGCCGUAUUAUUUCUCUCCUCUCCUCGCGGAUCCUUUGACUUAAUGGCGUCUUGAUCAGAAUUUAUUUUGACGAAUCUGGAUAUGAACCGGAUGUCGAUAUAUUGACACACGGGUUUUCUUGGCGUUAUCUAUCACAAGAGAAGCUUUUUUGAAUCACAUGAAGUGGUUGGUGGGUUCAUUUGGUAGUGAUUCGAAGGUGAACCUUGGUGAAUUGAAUUCAUUUUCAAGUAACUUUCUAGUUAUAGUAUUACAUUCGACUUGCGCAAUAUAUUAGAAUCGGGGUACUAAUGGCUGAUGGAAAUGAGCAACUCGAACUUAAAUUCAGAAUUUUUGAUGGGACGGAUAUAGGACACGGGUCAUACUCAUCAUCAACUACAGUUGCUACUCUUAAGCAACGGCUUCUUUCUGAGUGGCCUCAAGAUAAAUCAGUUGUACCAAAAUCGGUGGGCGAUAUGAAAUUAAUCCAUGCUGGAAAGGUUUUGGAUAGCGGGAGGACACUUUCCGAGUCUCGAGUGAAUGUGGGUGACCUUCCAAGUGGGGUUAUUACAAUGCAUGUUGUUGUCCAGCCUGCUGUUGUCAAGAAUAAGACGGGUAAGAACCAGUCAGAGAAAGAAAAACAGGGCUCGUGUUCUUGCACUAUCCUUUAGCGACUUUCGUGUCAUGUCAAAUAAGGAAAGUCCACUUCUCAUGCUUUGGAAGAAUAAAAAAAAAGCAAAAAAUGAAAAAAGGCUGUCGUAACCUUGAAUUUCAUUCAUACCUGUAAUUGAUUUUCUUCGGCAUGUUUGUGAUAGAUUUUAAACUGUGAAUUGAGAUUUGGUUUUGUUUUGUGAUCUCAGCGUCAGUCAUUUGACAGCUGAAACUGAGAUGUUGAUUUAGUGUUGAAGAAUGUUGUGAAUGUAUACUGUAUUCGUUCAAAUGAAGUAAGACACAAAGGUUAUUGUAUAUUACCCUUUGAUAGUUAAUUGGGAGUGAGGCUAAAAGUGAUUCUCAAGCCCUUAUCUG